UUGUCGAAAGCCCUACACCUUUUAACGACAUCGGCUUCAACAACGUGCGCCGCAUGUUGUCAAUAUGUUUUCACAACGCACAUUGCGCGUUGUGAAAGGACUUUUUUCUUGUAGUGAUGGCUGUGCCUCUCUUCAACCUCGCCCCCAAUCUUACCGACUCCGAGUCUGAUUCUUUGGCCCUCCCUCUCAUCCUCAAAUACAAAUUCAUUCUUCGCGCAGGGACAAUGACUUUUGGCAAGCAAAACACGUUUCCGGAGUCGUUUGGCCUCCUCGACCAAGCUUUCCUGUUCGGCACCAAUUUCUUCAACUCUACAUAAAUGUAUCCAGUGGUUCAGUGAGCCCAGACUCAGGGUCAGGGUUGUAAAGUAGCUGUGAGAGUAUCAGUUCAUGCUAACAAUGGUGUGCCAGCUUGGUUUUCACUUCUGAUGCGUGAAAAUUUGUUCUGAUAUUAUAGGUACCGUCUGGGAAGAUGACUUGGAUACGAGAUGGCUCCAAGUGUUUGAAUGCUAAGAAUACCACCGAGGCCAUUGACGGCAGGUUUGGUAAAGCAAACAGAGCCGCCCUGGCGCCCAGACCCGCCUAGACCCGCCUAGGCCGCCUAGGCGCCGCCUAGAUCCGCCCAGACCGCCUAGGGGCCGCCUAGAUCAGCCCAGACCGCCUAGGGGCCGUCCAGAUCCGCCCAGACCGCCUAGGGAUGUCCCUCAUUGUGCGAGGCAUUUGAUGGGUUUUGUUCCUUGGUUUUGUAGGUGUGGAUUUUAAAAUCAAGCUGCUCACUGUAUCUGAGAAGAGAAUUAAGAUGACAAUUUGGGACACAGCUGGACAGGAGAGGUUCAGAACAUUAACAAGCUCUUACUACAGAAAUGCACAAGGAAUCAUUCUUGUGUAUGAUGUGACUCGGAGAGACACCUUUACCAACUUAUCAGAUGUAUGGGCUAAAGAAGUGGAGCUCUACUCAACUAAUAAGGACUGUGCCAAGAUGCUUGUUGGAAAUAAAGUCGACAGAAUCGAAUGGGAAGGUGAUGCUGGAUCAAUCAAAAUCAACGGCACAGAAUACUUCUUCAAACAAUGUCAUUGGCACACCCCCUCUGAGCAUUCCAUUAAUGGCAUAAGGUAUGAUCUGGAACUGCACAUGGUUCAUCAAAGCACCGACCCGAAAAUAAAGAACAGUAUUGCUGUACUCGCAUUUCUAUACCACAUUGGCAACCCCAACCUUUUUCUCUCAAAGAUGAACAAAGAUAUAAUGUCUGAGGUUGCUACAAAGGAGGUACACUUAGGAGUGAUUGAUCCAAGGGAAAUAAAAUGGACUAGCUUCAGUUUUUACAGAUACAUUGGAUCACUCACAUCCCCUCCUUGCACUGAAGGAGUUAUUUGGACCAUAAACGAAAGGGUAAAACAUGUUUCAAGAGAACAAGUGGAGUUACUUAAAGAAGCUGUGGAUGAUUAUGCAGAGAUGAAUACAAGACCAUUACAACCUCUCAAUGACCGAGAAAUCAAGCACUAUGGCCUGUCGUUAAGUGAUGCACCAAGCCCCCAUGAGGGCAACCACGGCGGCGCCAAUCAAUAUAGGUUAGUUAGUGCACAAAGCCCCAAGGAAUCUGGCUCAAAUAAUGCACCAAAACCAAGCCACCCAGAGAGUAACCAAAGCCCUAAGCAGUCUCUCAGAUUAUUUACGCACGUAACAGUGUGUAUCUUCGCAUAUCUUCUCUUAAUUACUGAUUUUUUUUAUUUGAUUAGAAAGAAGAUAUUGUAUUAUUUUCCUUUAUUGUUUUCUCUUUUCUACUUCUUUUAAUAGUGAGGUUUGUGCGCUAUGUUAGUUUGUUGAAUUUAUGAAAUAUAUGAGAAAUUGUGGCAUGAAUUUGUUGUAUC